AUUCUGGGUUGAAAGGUCAAGGCAAACAUGUCCGCGCCCAUGGAAGGUCAAUUUAUUUUGUAAAUAUAAGUUUACGGCAUUUAUUUCUUUCUUUCAGUUGGUGGCUUGGAAAUAUGACAGUGUUGCUAAUCCGGAAAUUCGGACAGGCUGAAAAUAGGAAAUAAAGUAAAUACAUAUCCCUGAUUGAUUGAUGAAUUUGAGUACUGACUACGGUACCAACAAUGUUUUAUCCUGGUUGUGUGAGAAAUAUUUUAAAUCCAGUGAUGAAGAACAGUUUUCUUAGAAAUUUACAAACAAUUAGAUACCUCCAUAAUAAUCACACACGGUUUGUAAACUCUACUGCUGGACAAAAAACAAGUGUUAAUAAACUGUCCAAAUGUUUGAAUCUACAACAUAUGGCAGUAAGAUGUAUGUCACAGAAUUCUUCAAGAUCAUCUAAACAUAAACAGUCUGUGACCAUCUAUAUAUGUGCUGCUGGUAUAUUUAUGUUAGGUAUGAGUUAUGCUGGUGUACCUCUCUAUAGAAUGUUUUGUCAGGCCACAGGAUUAGGAGGAAAAGCUGUUCAGGGGCAUGACAUAGAUAAAGUAGAAAAUAUGACAGCAGUUAAAGAUCGAAUAUUAAAAAUUCGUUUUAAUGCAGAUGUUGCUUCUAGUAUGCGAUGGAACUUUAAACCACUCCAAUCAGAAGUCAAGGUAUUAGCAGGAGAAACAGCAUUAGCUUUUUACACCGCAACAAAUCCAUCUGAUAAACCUGUUAUUGGUAUUUCUACAUAUAAUGUGGUACCUUUUGAAGCUGGGCAAUAUUUCAAUAAAAUACAGUGCUUUUGUUUUGAAGAGCAAAGAUUAAAUCCACACGAAAAGGUUGAUAUGCCAGUAUUUUUCUACAUUGAUCCAGAAUUUGUUGACGAUCCUAAAUUAGAGCAUGUAGACACCAUUAUCUUAUCUUAUACUUUCUUUGAAGCAAAGGAAGGAAUGAAAUUACCUGUACCAAAUUUUAUGGCAGCCUGAAAUAUAUAUCUACUGUAUGCUGACGCAGUAAUGACAUUUGAUAUGAAAAGCAUUGUUUGUAUAAAUAUAUUACUUUAUAAAAUUACUGAGAAAUGUGUAAUAAAUACAUAUGUUAAUUUU